AUUAGCAACUAUAAGCCCAGCUCGAUUCAGUAACUCAGUUCCCAAGCCGGAGGUGAGGAGUCGAGCCACCUGGAGAAACUCGCGAAAAUGCUAUCAAGAUCCGUGCUGAUCGUAGUAGGCCUACUUAUGCUGAGCUGGCAGUGGACAAUGGCGAUGGCCAUGCCGCCCCUUCCGAAGAACCCACCCAGCGAAGUAUCCAUAAGUAGGCCGGACAUACCGGGAUCCCCGGAUAUAUUUGUGCAGAGCAUCUUCAACAUCGAUCCAUCGCAGUGUCCCAAGGGAUACGUUCGCACGGGUCCACAUCACACGUGUCGUAGGAUUGCCUAGGAAGACGAACUGCAACCAUCGGCUUAAAGUUCAAUACCAGAAUGUGCUUUUAUUGAUACUUAAAUAAACGAAAUUAAACGUACAAAUAAAUUAUAUAAAUACUUGAAAUUCUCGCACACAUA